GGCGCGCUCGGCCGGGCGGGCUUGGGCGGUGGCGCGGGGACAGGCGGGCGCGGUCGGCUCGCGCGCCGGGGUCCGUCUGUCGCGCGCCAGGCCGCCCGGCCCGGGUGCGGAGCGCGGCCAUGGGCCCGGGGCCCCUGGCGGCCGGAGCGGGGGCGCCGCCGCAGUCCCUGUCGCUGGCCGCGCGGCUGAGCUACGCUGUGGGCCACUUCCUCAACGACCUGUGCGCGUCCAUGUGGUUCACGUACCUGCUGCUCUACCUGCACUCGGUGCGCGCCUACAGCUCGCGCGGCGCCGGCCUGCUGCUGCUGCUCGGCCAGGUGGCCGACGGGCUGUGCACGCCGCUCGUGGGCUACGAGGCCGACCGCGCCGCCGGCCGCUGCGUCCGCUGCGGCCCCCGAAAGGCCUGGCAUCUGGUCGGCACCAUCUGUGUCCUGCUUUCCUUCCCCUUCAUCUUCAGCCCGUGCCUGGGCUGCGCGGCCACCACGCCGGAGUGGGCCGCCCUCCUCUACUAUGGGCCCUUCGUGGUGGUCUUCCAGUUCGGCUGGGCGGCCACGCAGAUCGCCCACCUCAGCCUCAUCCCGGAGCUCGCCACCAGUGACCACGAGAAGGUGGAGCUCACGGCCCUCAGGUACGCCUUCACCGUGGUGGCCAACAUCGCCGUGUACGGGGCCGCCUGGCUCCUGCUGCACCUGCAGGGCUCCCCGAGCACGGAGGCGGCCCACGACGUCACCGACCAGCUGGGGGUCCAAGACGUGCAGGUGUUCCAGAACCUCUCCCUGUUGGUGAUAGGAGUCGGAGCCGUGUUCUCGCUUCUGUUCCACCUGGGCACCCGGGAGGGGCGCCGGGCCCUGGCGGAGGCGCCGGACGAGCACAGCCCGCUGCUGGCCCCCACGACUGCGCGGCCCCUGCUGCUCUGGAAACACUGGCUCCGGGAGCCGGCCUUCUAUCAGGUGGGUCUGCUGUACAUGAGCACGAGGCUCAUCGUGAACCUGUCCCAGACCUACAUAGCCAUGUACCUCACCUACUCCCUCAACCUGCCCAAGAAGUUCAUCGCCACCAUCCCGCUGCUGAUGUACGUCAGCGGCUUCUGCUCCUCCUUCCUCAUGAAGCCGGUCAACAGGAGCAUCGGGAGGAACCUGACCUACUUUGCGGGGCUCCUGGCGAUCCUGGCCUUCGCCGCCUGGGUGGCGCUGGCAGACAGGCUGGGCGUGGCCGUGUACGCGGCGGCCGUGCUGCUGGGCAUGGGCUGUGCCACCAUCCUCGUCACCUCGCUGGCCAUGACGGCCGACCUCAUCGGCCCCCACACGCACAGCGGAGCCUUCGUGUACGGGGCCAUGAGCUUCUCGGAUAAAGUGGCCAACGGGCUGGCCGUGAUGGCCAUCCAGAGCCUGUACCCCUGCUCCUUGGAGAUCUGCUGCAGGGCCUGCAUGGGCUUCUACCGCUGGGUGAUGGUGGCCGCCACCGGCGGCGUAGGCGUGGCCGCCACCCUCUGUCUGUGCAGCCUCUUCCUCUGGCCCAUCCGCCUGCGGAGCUGGGACCCUGGAGCCCAGCCCUGAUGCCACACGCGCCUGUCGCUGUCGCCGUCCUGUGAACAGGGACUCGGUCCCAGGCCCCGCGGAGGCGCUCCCUCUGGGCUGGCCCUUCCUCCCGUCCCUGCCCCCACCCUUGCUGGCUGCGGGGGGUCGGGGGGGGGUGGGACGGUCCGGUUCCCAGACAUGGAGGUGAGCCCUCUGGGAUCCAGGCGCGCGCCUGGCUCACCCCUCACCCCGGGCUCGGCUGUGGUUUCCUACGUGCCGCCAGGUCCCCUCGGCCAUGGUGCGGUCCCUGGGCCGGACGGGAACCUCAGGCAGGGGUGGGGAGGAGCGAGUCCCAUGCCCUGCGCCCAGGCUACUGCUGGCCACGAAUAAAGAGCCACCCGUGGGUGAGGGCUGUGGCCUCAGCUGUAUCCCCGCAGUCCAGAGUGGGGAGAGGGCAGCUGAGACGCCCUGAAGUCCGCCUGCCUCUGGCCCAAGUUUGGGUCACCGGGGUGUUGGCUGGUGGCUGGACCGCCCAGGGUCCCCAGGGUCCCCGAAGGUGGAGGGGUGCACGGAGGGAGGCUGCAGAGGGUGGCGUCGGGCAGCAUGAACUUUAUCAGCGGAUGGGUGUGUACAUGGGUGGGGGCCGCUGGUUGGUGGAGGGGCAGUAGGGUUCCAGGUCCCACUGCCUGUGGUUCUGCGUGGUGUAGCGCGGGCGCUGGGGCGCGGACAGGAGCGGCACGUAGUCAGACCCCUGCCAUGGCGGCUCCGUCUGGUACUGGUGCCUGGUGACCACUGUGGGGCCAGGACCCAGGUCACCUCCUGUCCCCGGCCACUCUGAACCCCAGCCGAGGUGGCCUUGGUCCCCCCAACCGCCUCCACUCCUCACCGUAUUCCUUGCCCCGGAAGGGUCUGUCUGUCCACAGCGCGCUCCCCCACCGCAUGCUGGGGACCCUGUACUGGGCCAGGAGGACGGGGUCGCACCAGGAGGUCUCCCGGAGGCGCUGGGUGUAGGCUGUAGGGGGAAGGGGCUGGGUAGGUCAUCUGUGGCCCUGGCCCUGCCCUUGGGGCUGGGAGGGGCAGGCCGGGCCAAGCACUCACCGGAGGGCAUGCUUCGCUCCCGGUGGCUGUGGCAGCCGUGCCAGCGGGUAUAGGCCUCCCGGUAUGGGCUGUCCAGGGCCCGCGGGAGCGUGUACCAGGCUUCCCGAGACUCAGAGUUGGUCAGGCCGGUGUACCACGGCUGGCCCGCAGCGUCGCGUCCCAUGGGGGCAUACUUCCAGCGCACUGCCUGCCUGAUGGCCGGUGUCCAGCGGGGACCCUCCAGGGACAGAUAGUCAUCGCUGUGGGGGUGAGGACAGCAGAGGCUGAGCCUGGGCACCUCCCCUGCCCCGCACUGCUGGCGUGCACAGCCCUGGCUGGCAGAGGAGUGCGGGCGCGGAGCCCUGUGGCCUGCUUCCCUCCAACCCCCCCCACCCCCCGCCCCCGCAUUAAACCUUCUCCUUGUUCAGCACUUCUGAUCCAUCCCCCCAGGGACCCGGGGUGGCGGGGGAGGGUGCGCCUACAGCAUGAGGCCUCUGCUGCCAGACUCGUCCUAGGCAGUGCACUAAGACGGACUCCCCAGGGAGGCAGCAGCUGUCCAGGGCCAGUGGGUGUCCAGAGGCCCUGGGGCAGCCAGGACCGGUGUAGGGAACGGGACCGCAGUGCAGAGAUGGGAGUGCCUGGUGGUGCAGUCGGGGGAGCGGGCGACUCAACCUCGGGGGCGUGAGUUUGAGCCCCAUGCUGGGUGUGGAGAGAACUCGGAAAUAAAAUCUGAAAAUCA